AUGACGGUUAAGAUCGAAACAAAACAACAGGCGGAAGACUUUCUUGCACAGUACGACUACUUCCUCUUUGAUUGUGACGGGGUGCUCUGGUUGGGUGAUCACCUUUUGCCAAAGGUGACAGAGACGCUCAACUUCCUCAAGGCGAGCGGAAAAAAGUUGAUCUUUGUGACAAACAACUCCACCAAAUCGCGCGAAGCCUACUUAAAGAAGUUUGCCAAGUUCGGCUUGACCAACGUCUCUAAAAACGAGAUCUUCGGCAGCGCGUACGCGUCCGCCAUCUACAUCAAAAAGAUCCUCAAGCUCUCUACAAAUAAGAAGAUUUUCGUUGUGGGCGAGCACGGGAUUGAGCAGGAGUUGCACGAGUUGGGGUAUUCCACCAUUGGGGGUACCGACCCGGAGCUCACGAACAUGCCAGCAGAUUUCAACGCUUUGGAAGCGCCGUUCAUCAAGAACGUAGACCCGGCAGUGAGCCUUGUACUCGCCGGUUUGGACACCCGAAUCAACUACUACAAGCUCGCUGCAGCCUUGCAGUACUUGCACGAUCCGGCGGUUACGUUUCUCGCUACAAAUAUUGACUCUACCUUCCCUAACAAGGGUAAGGUCUUGCCUGGUGCCGGAUCUAUCAUCCAGUCUAUCGCUUACGCUUCCGGUAGAACACCGCGCUCGUGCGGGAAGCCGAACCAGGAGAUGAUGGAGGCGAUCAAGGCCGAGCAUGGCUUUGACCCAGCGCGUGCCGUCAUGGUUGGUGACAGAUUGAAUACCGACAUGAAGUUCGGCCGUGACGGAGGCUUGGGGACCCUCUUAGUUUUGACAGGUAUCGAGCCGGAAGCCCGUGUCGUGGACUUGCAGGGCACGGAAGAGGAGGUCAAGUACUAUGCGAGCAAGUUGGGCGACUUGUACGAGUUGGUUGUUGAGAACAGGGAAUAG